CCGAAAAAUGCGGCAUUUUAUUAACUGGUACAUCUCGCUUGCCGUACUUUGGCUAAGGCAUCUUGUGUUGCCUAGUUACGCAGCUGUGCGGCGUUCUGGAAUACGGUUUCCUGCCAUAGGCAACGCAGGGUUAAAUUAUGAUGGAAGCACUGCAUAAUACUCCUUGUCUGACUGUAAUAAGAGAGAGGAGAUCCACUGUAUCUAGUUGUCCUGUAUCUCAUGUACAGAUUUCCUGUAGCUGUCAAUACUGUGCCUUUCCUCUUAAUGGAAAUGAUCUUUGUAUAUGGAGCAUAUCUAAUCCUACUGAGGAGCCGAUCAUUCUGAAAGGUCAUCAUCAACCAAUAACUGCAGUAACAUUAAGUUAUGGAAUGAAUCCAUGUCUUGUCUGCUCAGCGUCACCAGAUUAUGUUAUAUUAUGGAAGAUGGACGAAUGUAAAUCUUCAUUGCUUGAAGGACGUUUGCCUCGAGGACGUGUGAUAGGAACACUACUAGGAAUGGUUGCUCAUUUAGAAUUCCAUCCUGAUGGAAAGAAAGUAGCAGCAUGUGCACGGAACAAGAUACUCAUUCUUAGUGUAGAGUGUGAGGAUGUUCUAGCAGAACUAGCAGGGCAUUUAGGUUCAGUAAAUGCCGCAAAGUUUUGCCCCUGGCAAGACAAUCUUCUAGUGUCCAUUUCUGAGGACAGAACAUUCAAGGUGUGGAAUUAUCAUGCUGAGUCACUGGUUUUUCAGUCUGCAGUGUUAUCAGCCUUUCCACUUUUAAAGAUGUAUAUUGAUGCUGAAAAGAAGCAAUUGGUUACUGGAUGUGCUGAUGGCCAGCUUCGAGUAUUUAGUUUGCUAGAGGAGCACCAUUUUCGCCCUGUGUGCCAAAUUGAUCUUCAGAAAGAAAACCACAACUUUCUUCAGAAGUUUCAAGAAUCUGGACAACUUGACAAAUCAGGACUAGCAACGUCUGAAAUAAAAAAUGUCUCUUGGAAGAAUUCUGCCAAAGAUAAGGACACCGUAAUAAUGGAUUCCAGUUUUCCUGUGUUAUAUAUUCACAAAUUUAAACAAUCUUUGGUGGAGACUGAAAUCUCCUUCUUUGGACAUCCUAGACUUCUGUGGGUGGGGAGUUCCUCUGGCUUCAUUCUAAUUAACAUGGAAAACUGUGAAGUUGAAGCUAGCUUAAAUUUCAGUGAUUAUGAUAACCUCAGCAUCAUGUUGGUGGGAUCAUGUGCACUGGCGAGCAAUGUGGACAAAAAGGUUUACUGUCUGCUCACUUCAAUGUUCAGCAAUCAAGUUUCACUCAUAGAAUUUGAUGCACUUACUCUGAUGAGAUCACAACACCAAGGUGUACAAGCACAUAGAUCAGUCAUCGGCCUCUCCAUUGUUUCCAGUGAGCCUCUGCUAUCAACAUCUCCACUUUGCAUGGAAGCAUCAAAAAAGUCUAUCAGUCUCAAGACAAUUGGUGUAAAGAACACUGUAAAGGAUCAGCCACUAGUUUUCCACAAAAAAGUCAAGUCCUCUGGCUACUCUGCAGCACCAAGAAUGAAAAUGUUUUCUCCAAAAACCAACAUCAAAAAGACUAUCGAGCCUUCAAAAGUGAAGAAGAACAUUCAAAGCGGAAUAAUGAAAGAAUAUCCCCUGAAAAGCUCUGCACCAAACAUUCCUUGGAAACAAUUAUCUGUAGCUAGCAAGCCAACAGCUGUCAGUUGCAUUCAGUAUUCAGGAGAUGGAAAGAAACUUGCAUGUGGAUUAUCUGACAAAUCUAUUUUGUUGUUCAGUUCUGAUUUCAGUGGGGAGCCUUCGGUUUUUGCAGGUCACGAUGGUACAGUGAAUGGAUUGGGCUGGAGUCAUGAUUCCAACUGGGUGGUUUCUUCAGCUGAAGACAAUAUCUUGAAGAUAUGGAGUGUUAAGAAUGCAGAUCCUGUCUUGGUCAUGGGGAAGGGAAUGUUUUCUAAGCCAGUUCGAUUCCCACAAUUUUAUUAUAUGGAUACCUUUAUUUUGCUUUCCUCUGGAGCUGAGUUUCAUAUUCUGAAAUAUUCACUAGAUGACGCCAAGGAUGAUUUAAAGAGAUACAAACAAAAAAGCUGGUGCAAGUCAGUUCAGAAGUUUCAGAUGGACACAGCAGUUGAAAUCACUGGGCUUUCAGCAGUAAAUGACUUUUACUCCUAUCUUGUCCUUGCAGUUGGAAGUAACCGCACUUUAGAGGUUUUUGAUCUCAACUUAAACUGCAGUGUGGCUACGAUUCCAGAUGUCCAUCCAAGAGCAGCACACCAAAUCUGCCAGAAUAAAGGGUCUGCAUUCAGUACCCAAGCAUCUGAAGCAUACAAUCUCUUUGCAACAACUGCCAUUGGAGAUGGACUGAAGCUUUGGGACAUGAGAACAUUGCGGUGUGUUCGCAAAUUUGAGGGACAUGUUAAUCGUUGUCAGCCAUGUGGAAUAGCUAUUAGUCCAUGCGGGAGGUUCAUAGCAUGUGGCUCUGAAGACAGAAGUGCAUACAUAUAUGACAUUCAUUCCAAUACAUACCUGCAAAAGCUUUCUGGACACACACAGACAGUCAUCAAUGUAGCAUUCAAUCCUUCUUCACCACAGUUAACCACUGCUACUCUGGAUGGAAAACUCCAAAUAUUUGUUUCUUGAUGAACUCUAUCUUUGUCGUUGUCCAUGUUCUACAUUUUGUCAAGGAACUAUGGAAAACCAGCAUGGAGAUGUCAACUAUUAUUAACAUGGAAACAUUGUAAUUAUAUGGACAAUUUUCAGAUGUUUUUCUAUUUUUUUUUCUAUAUAUAUAUAUAUUUCUGAAUUGUGAAACAUUUUGACAUAGUUGCUAGAUGUAACUCACAAUAGCAACUAGUGGUUUUAAUGUUAAACUGGAAGCUGAAUAACAGGCAGGAUCGUAAGCAAAAGAUAAGUUUCUAUUUAGGAAGAGGCACAAUAAAGAGACAAUUCAUGAGGAAGCUCUUAUAAAAAUAUCAAUUGUAAAUUGGCAGUUGGUAAAUACAACUUGGGUUUUUAUUUAAUUUGUAGCCCUAUGCCUAAAAUCUUUUGAAACAUGGUAAAAGGAGAAUUUAAC